UAUUCAUUCUUUGUUCUUGAUUUCGCAGCAUUUUUUUUUAAAUAAAUUAGAACUGAACUUAUUGCACGGCAAUGCUAUUUAAAGUGAAGUAUAAGAUUGGAAAUAACCCGUUGUGCUUGAAAAUAUCACAGGAGAGCUUCAAAAGCAUUGCAUUAUGUUUAAGGCGGAGCGUAUUUAAACAUGACUGCAUGUUAAUAAUGGCAAAUAUGUCAGUUAGUGAAGAAGCUGGAUUUUGAUUAACUAACGUUAGUUGUCUUUAUUAAACAUAACUGAUAAGUAACAAAAUUUAGUUUUCAAAAUAUAAUGUAAAAAAAAAACAACCCAAAAAUGAACCACACACACACAACACACACACACACACACACACACAUAUGGGUCUUGGAACAGAACUCCCGACGAAAAUGUACGAAACGGAGAGCGUAACUACUCGGCCAACAAGGAAUUAGUAUUUGCAUCGGAAACGUUGUUAAUGGACUUCAUCUUAAAUAAUUCUUUUGUUUGUUCAUUUCAAAACGCCAUAAUACUGUGCGAUACCUUUAGUGCCUCAUCCCCCGUAGCCUUUGAUUUUUAUUGUCUCUAUCGAAAAAUAAGCUUGCUUAUUUUUUUUACUUUGAUAGGUGAGAAAAUGAGUAUGCCACGAUACGCGCCUGCAUCAUCCAGUAUUCAGAACAUGUAGCAUGAUCGAUGCACAUUGUUACUAUUAUUACAUAACACCGUUUCAUCGUAGUUUAUUAAAAAGAUCACGAAAUAAACCGUACCGAUUGAAUACCGUCUUUGAAUUGUGACUGCCAAUUACUGUUUCAACAAUGGCAUCAGGAGAGUCAGUCGAAAAAGAUUCAGCUUUUUACAAGAAAGUUAUCAAAAAAUGUCGGAUAACAUUUAUAGAGGAUCUUGACCCAGUUGCACUGUUGGAUGUCUUUCUUGCGGAAGAAUAUUUUACAGUCACACAGGAUAGGGAUAUUAGAGAGCUGACCAACACCUCGGACAAGAACAGAGAAAUUCUAACUAGAGUCAGCGCAAAAGGUGUCAAGGGGUACAACGAUUUCAAAACGUGUUUGAUAAAGUCCCGUCAAGAACACUUGGCAGAAUAUCUAGACACAACUGCAGCCAAACUAGAAGAAGAAAUGUUACCUGCUCAAGAAACUUCACCAACUGUUAAUAAUCGUGCAGGAUUUAAAUGUUCAGUUUGUGACCUUUCAUUUGACACGGUGCAACUUUUGGUACAGCAUACUCAGACGCCUGAACACAUGGAUAUGAUUAAAGAACAGCAAGAGUUUGCAAAAGAAAAUCAAGAGGAACAUGAGGAUGAAACCGGCGACUUUUCAGGUCUAGCUAGUAGUAUGCAUGAGCAGAACGCAAUUGAUUGCAGCGACCAAGUCAGUCAAUGUUACCUGUGUAAUGUCAGUUUCACAUCCCCGUCGCACGCAAAUAGUCACUUGAGCGGUAAGCCGCAUAAAAGAAAGAAAACACUGUUUGACUCGGAGUUUCAUAAGCCCAGUCACGGUUCCAUGGAACAUGAAAGUGUUCAGAAGUCUUCAGAAAAUGUUGGUCAGGCCGAUAGUCAAAUAUCUUUGCCACUAGACACUCUAAGAUCAAGUAAUACAACAAUGUCAGUAGAUCCGAGUAAGACAGGUCUUUCCUGUGAUAUCUGUAAUGUCCCCUUUACUAGCAAAUACAAUGCUCAACAACAUUACGAUAGCGAAAAACACAAAAAGAAAGCUCUUUUAUUGCAAAAACAGAAGCUGGGAGAAACACUUCCAACAUCAUGUGACAUUUGUAUCUGCAAUUUUAGCGGCCAGGAAAGUGCUGAAGCCCAUUUCAAUGGCGAGAAACACAGGAAGGCGGCACAGAAGGCUAAAAUAGAAGGUGGAGACGCCUUGCCUUUAUUUUGUACAAUCUGCUCAUGCCCUUUUUCUAGCGAAUCGAAUGCAAAACAGCAUUUUGAGAGCAAGAGACAUAAACGAAAACAGGAACUUAAUAAAAAUAAUGCUGAUACCAGUAUCCGGAACACAAGUCUGGGACUUGAUAGUGAUGGACAGGAUGUGCCUAAUACUAAAAAUGAUGCUCACGGCCCAGAAGAAAACGGAGAUGCGACAGUUCAACGAGAUGAAGAUGAAGUGGCCGCUGAUUUACAAAAUUUAUCUUUGUGUGACAAAUGAGAGUAUUACUCUUGGGACAGUAAACUCAAUAAGUUAAUCAAUAACUGAAGUCUGUUUUGUUUUUAAUUAUUUAACAUAUGUAUCUCAAAAAGAAUUGAUUAGCUUUAAGCAAGCAUUUUCAUUUAACACAUCUGAAAAGGUAUUUAAAUGACUUUAUUGUGCUACGGGCUCUCUGAAUUGCUGCCGCCCAGGACAAGUAGGGAUCACCGUGGUCUAUUUUUUAAUGCCGCUGGCUUAAAAUCACUUGCCCCUCGCCGUCUGGGUUGGACCCCUGUCUUGGGGUGUACGAUUCUUUCAUGUAAGGAAGCCAUCCAGCUAGCGUAAGGAAGGUCGAUGGUUCUGCCUAAGGGCUCACCUGUGCCUAAAAUGGUACUUGAUAUGUUGUUGAAGGACUUUGUAAAACAGCAAUUUCUUAAUAGAUAGACAUUAAAUCACAACGCUGAGUGAGUCCAUUCGCGUGGAUUAAUUUACCGCCGAAGUAUAUGAUGUUUGCUCAGAACUGAUAUCUAUAAAUAAAGUUCAUCUAACGAAUUGAUGUAAAGCAAUAACCAACCGGACAUUAAGAUAUUAUGUAUAAAGAAAGCAUUUGUAAUGUUUGUUUGAUUUAACACACUAGUGUUCUGGUUAUAUAUACGACAGUAACUAACCCUAUCACUUGCCCUGUUCGCCGUAAUUGAUUAUUGGUUUCCUAACAAGAUUUAGAUGUGGGUUUGUUAAAACGUAUGGCAUGUGAUUCGAAACUUCGCCUCAAAUACUCUAGUGGUGUUUCGAAACCUACCUUUCCAAGGCAUAUCCGAUAUUGUGUUCCUUUGCUUGUUUAGACGUUUUACUUCGUCUAUUUAUUACUGUGUACAUACCUAUUGUAUUCUACAUGUAUUCUACAUUCGAUUAAUUCUAUUUUUCAACUGAUUAAUUCAAAUUGAGUUAUAUUAUUUAAAAAAAUUGUAUCUAAGUUUUAGAGAAUGUGUCACACCACUAGAUGAUUACAGUGUGUUCAAUUCCAGGGUACAUAUAAUUCAGAUGGAUGUUUUGUAUAGUGUCGAAGGAUACGGUCAGAAAAUAUUUCUGUAACAUAAUUAUCUAGUUUCUGUUUGAGUUGAACGUGUGUUUUCAGAACCCAUGUAAAAAGAUAAGAGAAAUUUACGUAACUUAUUUGAAUUCUGGUAUGAACUCUGAAAAUUGGUGUGAAAACCCAGUGUUUAUUUUGUAUAGAAGUAUUUGUUUUUCAGUAUUACAUACAUAUUUAACACAAUCAUAUUAUUAUUGCAAUAAGUUUUUACAAGUAAAUCGGUUUUAUACAUUGCUUAAGCAAUAUAAAUGAAGUGUUCAGCAUGUGCAAUAUUAGUGACUUUGACCAAGGUAUUCUUUUAAAUAAACAUAUACUAGCAAUAUUUAAAGUUUCCUUACAUAGUACAGUCACUACAUAAAGAAGUAGAACUUUUUCUCAAAGAUUGCAGACUAUUGUACACAUUUCCUCUUGUUUUGAUCGACAGAAAUUUUAGUUACUUAUUUGAAAUUUAGUGUGAUCUCUUUGAAUAGUUUAUAAUGCAUUUUAUUUUCGCUUAUAAGUAUUGGUUGUUCAGUUCUAGAUACAUAAUUAUUUAGCAAACUUAUCUUAUUCAUGCAAUGAAUUUUGAGAAGAAAAAUCUGUCCUAUACAUUGUUAAAGCAAUGAUUUAUUAGGUGUUCAGCGUGUGCAAUAUAGACAAGUUGAGUGACUUACCAGGGCAAUGUUUUAAAGAAGCUUUUUCUUCUUUAGUAAUUAACAACAUCUAAAGUUUGUUAUAGAACACAACAUUUACUACAUUAAGAAAAGGAACUUUUUCAGGUCGUAUGAUUAACUCUUGCCGACAGAUGUUCAUAUGUAUAAUGUUUUAGAUGUUGAAUAUCAAUACGAUUUUGAAUACACUAUAAUUAUGAUGACUGCAGACAUAUAUAGAUAAUGUUUGUUGAUUCAAAUGAAUUUCAUGUCGUGAGCACCUUAAGUAGUAUUUGGAAAAUAUAAUGUAUGGUUUUCAUGAAGAAAAAAAGCGUUUUACGCCAAAGUUGAACAAAUUUCCUCUUUUCUUUUGGUUCACCAGUUUUAACUGCAUCCGAGAGAAAUUAAAAUUACUUAUUUGAAGUUGUGUUUGAUCUCUUUAGUAGUUUUUAAUGCAUUUUAACUUUAUGGAGAACUGUCCUACUGACCUCGGCAUCGUCGUUCAUGUCCGCACCUUGGUAAAAAUUUUGAUGCAUUUUUACUUUAUGUAUAUUAGAUUUACUUAAAGAGAAUUCCUAUAGUUUUUUUUUCCUUUCAUAGAAUUUUUUAAAAUUCACAUAUAUGAUAGGAAAAUUUGUGCUGAAAACAAUGAACAAAUAAAAACAAUAGGUCACCAGGCUUGUUUUUGUGAAAAAUUGUUUUGAACACACCCACUGUUGCUGAAACUGCCAGCGAUUUUUCAACAUUUUCAUAAUUUUCUGCUUUUUUAUAAAUACCAACCAAAAUAUACAUCAAGAAAACACAAAACAGUUUUUUUCUUUUUACAGAUUUUAUUAUAUACUUAUUUGAUAUCAUAGUCAUAUUUGUAAUACUCUAUCCUUACAAUAAUGGGUACAAAUGAAAAAAAAAAUUGUUUCAUAUUUACUUUUGUGAACUUUUUUCAAUGAAAAAUACCCAUAGUGAAGAAUACUUUUUUAAAUUUUGAAAAAACUCUUUCAUAGAAUUUUUUCCUGUUUUUCUUGUGUAUAGAUAAUUGUAUUGUGAGCAUAAAAAAGGAUAAAAAUGUAUGGGUCACCAGGCUAAAUUUUAUGUUCAGACCGCUAGAAUACAACACCUGUUCGGACGGAAAUGGCGCGAACCUGGCCAAAUUGAUUACAUGUUUGUCUGCUAAAAGUUAAAAAAAAGUUUUAAAAAUUCUUAAUUCUUUCCAUAAUUGAAUACUAAAUAAUCUGAAAGGUGAUAUUGUCUUAUCAGUACUAAGUCAAUUAUCUUACACUGUCUCUGUACUAAAAUGCGAUAUGAAAACACAACCACAAAAAUAGCAAAAUACCUGUCAGGCGUGAUACUUGUCAAUACAACAUAAACCAGUAUCAACAUUUGAUUACUGAUAAAACUUAUCAAAAAUGUUAUAUCAUUCAAGAUUCCUCAUAUUUAAGAUUGUCUGUAACAUGUUUCAACAAAUGUUGACUUCAGUUUAGUUUUCCAUAGAAAGUGUCGGCUGCGCAGAAAGAUGCGCAUAAAAAACUAUAGGAAUUCCCUUUAACACUGACAGCAAUUAUUCCACAUCAUUACCCACAUCAUAGACCAAAGAGCUAUAAGUCUUGCACCAAUAAUAUAUAAAUUAUGCCCCUUUUUACUCAGAAUUUUAGCCUAAUUUUGAUGCAUUUUGACUAUAUUUUUGUUAUUACUUAAUGGAUUUGAAUCAGACUCAAACGAAUUCAUCCUCAACAUCUUCUUCUUCAUAUGACACAAGGUCAAUAACUCUGUCAAAAUAUUUAAUGAAUUAUGCCCAGGUUGUUCAAUGUUUCAAAUUGUGAUGCAUUUUUGCUAUAUCUCAGUUAUUACUUAAAUUAUUCGAUUCACACUUAAACAUGGAAAGAUGCAUUACUCCUGCAGAAAUGUACCAUGAAUUAGGUCCCUUUUAAACAAAGUUAAUGUUUUGACUUUAACUCUAUGUCUGUAAUUAUUUGUAAUACAUUUGACUCGCACUUAAAUUUUUCUCCAGUAUUAUCAUGUACAGCUGAGAUAUUAAACAUCAGAUUCCUAAGAUGUGCCCUGUUUCACAAUGCAGCAUCAAAAUAGUCGAGUGCUUUGUCUUUUGUGACAGCUCUUGUUAUUUGCUUAUAAGUAUGUGUUGUUCAGUACUACAUGUAUAUGUAUUUAACGAAAUUAUGUUGUUCAUGCAAUGAGUUUUUACAAGAAAAAUCUGUUUUAUACAUUGUUAAAGCAGUGAUUAAUGAAGUGUUCAGUGUGUGCAAUAUUUGUUUCUUUUAAAGAGUAGAACGAUCUAUUUUUCAAAGAUUACAGGCCGUUCCAGGUCGUCCCAACAAAUAUUUCAUAUGCAUAAUGUUUUAGAGGUUUAGUAUCAGUACGAAAUGGUAUGCACAUGUUUAUGACUGUAGAAAUGUAUAGAAAUUUAAUAUUUGUUGAUUCAAAAUUAUUUCAUCACGUAAUAUAAUGUAUUAUUUUCAUGAAAAGAAAAAUGUUUUUCUCUUUGGUUUGCACGUUUUGUUUCUGCAUGUGUGAGUAUAGUGUGUGUGUAUGUGUCUUGUACACUUGACAAGAACUGUUAUUAAGUUUGUAUGAACCUACAUUUAAUAAUGUGUCUGUGUGUUCAGAAGUUCUUGUCCGCUCUGUAACAUUUUAUAUAUGCAUGAAUAUUCGAAUAACCUGAUAGAAACCUUUACCAUAACGAAUUGUUUACGCUUAAAUAUGAUUAUAAAGUUUUAUUUCUUCGUAUAUAUGUUUGCUUGUGGAGACGUUGUAUUAAAAGUAUUUGAUGGUGUAAUUUGAUUUUCUUAGGCUUGUCUGACGUCUUGAACAUGACGGUAGAGUAUGUAUCUGGCAUGGUGAUUAUUAGCGCGUCAAUGAACUUAAAAAUACAUGCAUUAAUUUGAAUAUGAAUAGGAUUGUUGUUAAAUAACAAUUCGU